AUGGCAGAUCCGUACGGAAUCAACGCUCGCCCAUCCUUAAUCGAAUCGGACGACAUGUCUUCGAUUCUUCAUGAUAUUCUCCACUAUUCAUCUGCUCCACCUUCAAAUUCUUCUUUAAACUCACUUAAAUCCAAAUACCUGGAAGCGGAGACUUCAGCCACUGCCGGAUUGUUUUCCCGAUCGGAGGAUUCGGAUAACCGAGUCAGGGACGGAGCGUCCGCCUCCGUGCUCCACUCGGCUUCCAGUUUCAAUUUCUCCGAUCCCGGUGACUACUUUCCGAUUGAGGUGAAAGAUAGUACAAAAAACACUUGUUCUAUGGUUGGCGGCCUGGAAUCUAAUGCGAUCACGUCGAUGAAGGGCAGAGAGGACUUCAAGAAGGGACUUGAAGCGUCAGAGGUGACGGUAGAUCCUAUUCCGCCGCGUUCCUCCAAGAGGAGCAGACCAUUAGAGGUCCAUAACUUGUCCGAGAAGAGGAGAAGGAGUCGAAUCAAUGAGAAAAUGAAAGCAUUGCAGAGUCUAAUUCCGAAUUCUAACAAGACUGAUAAGGCAUCAAUGCUGGAUGAUGCCAUUGAAUAUCUGAAGCAGCUUCAACUACAGGUACAGAUGCUGACUAUGAGAAACGGAUUAAAUUUCCAUCCUACUAAUUUGCGUGGAUCAUUACAACCAAUUCAACUCCCCCAGAUGGCAAUGAAUUUUAAGGAAGAAAAUGGAUUGCUGAAUAUGGACAGAGGAGCAGAUACCUUUCCUGGGAAUCAAGAAAUUCCUAGGCGAACUGCAUUUCAAAUUCUCAACCAUGCUGCCCCAAGCCAACCAAUGGUAAUACCCCCAUUAACAAAUAUUAUGAAUUUAGAGAGCUCCUUCUGUUUGGAAACAUCAAUUCAGACUCAGUAUGGAGUUCCCAAUCAUUUGACAUCUUCAAAGGAUAUCUACCGGGAUGAUAUACUAUCACGGCUGAAUUUAGAUAUAAGUUGCUCGGGUCACAAUUCAUCACCGGGUGUGUCUUCUUAG